AAAACAUUUUUCUCACCCCGUCUCUCGUCUAUCUCCGUCAGUCACCGGGUGUGGUCGCCGGCUCGCCGCCGCCACGGGCAACGUGCACCUUCUUCCUCCCUUCCCUUUCGCUCCCUUCCAUCCCAUCUGGUGACGCCACCACCAAACACCACCCGCCUCUGUCCCUAAGACUCUGACCACCACCCCACCUAUUAAGACGAAGCCACGCACCCCAAUUCCCAAGGGAGAGACACAGAGAGGCGGGGAGCGAUGGCGGUGGUCGGCGUCCUCGCGCUGCAGGGAUCCUACAACGAGCACAUGGCCGCGCUGAGGAGGAUCGGGGUGAAGGGGGUGGAGGUGCGCAAGCCGGAGCAGCUGCAGGGCCUCGACUCGCUCAUCAUCCCCGGCGGCGAGAGCACCACCAUGGCCAAGCUCGCCAACUACCACAACCUUUUUCCUGCACUCCGAGAAUUUGUUGGUGCAGGAAAGCCCGUGUGGGGAACUUGUGCUGGGCUCAUUUUCCUUGCAAACAAGGCGGUAGGACAAAAAUCAGGAGGCCAGGAGUUUGUUGGAGGACUAGAUUGUACAGUCCACCGGAACUUUUUUGGGAGUCAGCUUCAGAGCUUUGAAACCGAACUUUCAGUGCCAAUGCUUGCAGAGAAGGAAGGAGGGAGUCAUACAUGCCGUGGCGUAUUUAUUCGAGCACCUGGUAUCUUGGAAGUAGGAUCAGAUGUUGAAAUAUUGGCUGAUUGUCCUGUCCCUGCUGGUAGAGCCAGCAUUACAAUAACAUCUGGCGAGGGUUUUGAGGAAGGUAUGUAUUCCAAAGAUCGGGUAAUUGUUGCGGUACGGCAAGGGAACAUCCUCGCCACUGCUUUUCAUCCAGAAUUGACAUCAGACUCUAGAUGGCAUCGCCUCUUCUUAGACAUGGACAAAGGAUCUCAUGCAAAGGCCUUCUCUGCGCUAUCGCUAUCGACGUCUUCAAGAGAUGCGCUAAGCAGGUCAAAGAGUAAGCCUCUUGAUCUGCCAAUAUUUGAGUAGAAGCAGAAAGAAGUCUGCCAAACACUGAAGAAAGAAGUUUACUAAACUUUGAUCAUUCAGUUGGUGACAACUGACAUGAAAGCAGCUGGGUGUCUGCUGUAGUGCUGUGCUCAGCCCAAAUGGCAUUUCUGUUGUCAAAACUGUACCAAUCAAAAUAAUGGUAUUGCAUUCCAAACAUUGUAUCAUUUGUAAUCUUGGUAAAGGAAGCUAGUCAGUUCAAUACAAGUCAAUACACACUCUUCCUGAUUCCUA